CUGUUUCUAUCCCGUGCCUGCGCUUCCCAUGGCGCCCGCUGCUGCGCUGCUUAGUGGGGGGACGUUUUAACUCACCGGUGUUGAGUCAAGACGGGUUUUUUUUUCCUGUUUUAAUUCGCGAACACGUUUUAUUUACACCCUGGAGCGGCCAUGACCGUGGAGCAGAACGUCCUCCAGCAGCAUUCUCAGAAGCAUCAGCAGACGUUACUGAAUCAGCUGAGGGAAGUUACUGGAACGACAGAUGUUCAGCUGUUACAGCAGGCCCUACAGGUCAGCAAUGGUGACAUAGCCGAGGCCAUAGCUUUUCUUACAGAGAAGAAUGCCAAAGUCCCUCAACAGGAUGAAGCCACCUACUAUCAAACCUCUCAGAUCGGCAACGACAGAUACAUCAGCGUGGGCAGCCAGGCUGACACGAAUGUGAUCGAUUUGACCGGAGAUGAUAAAGAUGACCUCCAGAGAGCCAUCGCGCUCAGCCUGGAGGAGUCCAACCGGGCUUUCAGAGAGACGGGCAUCACGGACGAGGAGCAGGCAAUCAGCAGGGUGUUGGAGGCGAGUAUAGCGGAGAACAAAGCCAGCCUGAAGCGCACACACACGGAGGUGUGGAGCGACUCGCCCAACCCUCACGACAGGAAGCGGCAGGGUAACUGCCCCGUUGGCCUGAAGAAUGUGGGCAACACUUGCUGGUUCAGCGCCGUCAUACAAUCCUUGUUUAAUCUGCUGGAGUUCCAGAGACUCGUGCUGAACUACUCGCCUCCUACCCGAGUCCAUGAUUUACCCCGAAACCAGAAGGAGCACAGGAAUCUGCCCUUCAUGCAGGAGCUGAGGAACCUUUUCUCCUUGAUGGUGGGAUCGAGGAGGAAAUACGUCGACCCGUCUAAGGCCGUGGAGAUCCUUAAGGACGCCUUUAAGUCCAGCGAGUCGCAGCAGCAGGAUGUAAGUGAGUUCACACACAAACUGCUAGACUGGCUGGAGGACGCGUUCCAGAUGAAAGCGGAGGAAGACAGAGAGGGUGAGAAGCCAAAGAACCCGAUGGUAGAGCUGUUUUACGGUCGUUUCCUAGCUGUAGGUGUCCUCGAAGGAAAGAAGUUUGAGAACACGGAGAUGUUCGGACAGUAUCCGCUACAGGUGAACGGCUUCAAAGAUCUGCACGAGUGCUUGGAGGCUGCUAUGGUGGAGGGUGAGAUCGAGUCUCUGCAUUCUGCAGAAAACUGUGCCAAAUCUGGACAGGAGCACUGGUUUACCGAACUUCCACCAGUUUUGACGUUCGAGCUGUCACGGUUCGAGUUUAACCAGGCCUUGGGACGACCUGAGAAGAUCCACAACAAGCUGGAGUUCCCCCCGAUGCUGUACAUGGACAGAUAUAUGGACAAAAAUCGUGAAAUCACACGGAUCAAGCGUGAGGAGAUCAGAAGACUGAAGGAGCACCUGACCGUCCUCCAGCAGCGCCUCGAAAGGUAUCUCAGUUAUGGCUCGGGUCCUAAGAGGUUUCCUCUGGCGGAUGUUCUUCAAUACGCCAUGGAGUUCGCCUCCAGUAAGCCUGUGUGCACUUCACCCAUAGAGGACUUUGACACAUCAGCACCACCCGGUGGCACAAUAGCACUGGUGCCUCCUGCACCAAGUGGGACGGAGCAAGGUGCUUCAGCCCCUUCAGACUGCUCCGGGGCUUCUCCUCAGCCUCAGCCGCAACCACAGCAGCAGCAGCGUGUGCCCAUCCACAAGCCUUUCACCCAGUCACGCGUGCCCCCCGAUCUGCCCAUGCACCCCGCACCCCGCCACAUCACCGAGGAGGAGCUUCAUGUGCUGGAGGGCUGCCUGCACCGCUGGAGGAGCGAAGUGGAGAACGACACAAGAGAUCUCCAAGGGAGUAUAUCCAGAAUCCACAGAACCAUCGAGCUCAUGUACUCCGACAAGACCAUGAUGCAGGUGCCGUACCGGCUGCACGCAGUCCUGGUGCACGAGGGUCAAGCCAACGCAGGCCACUACUGGGCAUAUAUCUACGACCCCCAGCACAGCUGCUGGAUGAAAUACAAUGACAUCUCUGUGACUAAAUCGUCGUGGGAGGAGCUGGUGAGGGACUCGUUUGGAGGCUACCGCAACGCCAGCGCUUACUGCCUCAUGUACAUCAACGACAAGAAGCCCUUCCUCGUCCAAGAGGAGUUUGAUAAGGAGACAGGCCAGGUGCUGAGGGGCCUAGAUAAGCUGCCUCCAGACCUGAAGGAGUAUGUGAAGGAGGACAACCAGCAUUUUGAGCGUGAGCUGGAGGAGUGGGAUGCCAUGCAGGCCAGGAAGGCCCAGCAGGAGAAGUUGGCCAUCGCCGCCGCUGCCGCCGCCGCAGCUGCCGCUGCCGCUGCGUCGUCCCGUCCCAUGAGCACCGAGACCACCCCAGCUGACAACACGGCUUGCCAGCAGGACCCGGACUACAUGGAGCAGCCGUCGCCCACAGACGACUCUAAACACCUGCAGGAGGACACAGAGAGAGCCAUCAACAAAGCUGCAGCUGAACAGGAUGAAAAGAAUCCUGAGACUUUGCUUUACGCUGCGGAGUCCACCUCCAACGCAUCCCCUGAUCAAACCCCUCCCCCUGACCCCGCGCAGGAAGACUCCGCCUCCACCGCAGCCGCCCCCCAUCGUGUGGUGGAGGUGGCCAUUCCUCACGUAGGAACUUUCGUAAUUCAAUCGCGAGAAGGCGGGUACGAUGACGAGACCAUGAUGACUCCAGACAUGCAGGGUAUUAUAAUGGCCGUUGGCAAAGCCAGGAGUGUGUAUGACAAGUCUGGUCCUGAAGCAGCCUUUUUCAAGGCCCUUAAAGUGGAGUACACUCGUUUGGUGCGAUUAGCGCAGGAGGACACGGCGCCUCAAAACGACCAUCGGCUGCAGCACGUCAUCGUUUACUUAAUCCACAACCAAGCGCCCAAGAAGAUCCUGGAGAGAACCCUGCUCAUGCAGUUUGCAGACAGAAACCUUGGCUUCGAUGAGAGAUGUAAGAGCAUCAUGAAGGUGGCACGCGCCAAGCUCGAGCUCAUCAAGCCCGACGAAAUCAACAUGGAGGAGUACGAGACGUGGCAUCAGGACUACAGGAAUUUCCGCGAGACCACCGUCUUCCUAAUGAUCGGCCUUGAGAUGUUUCAGAAGAAAAGUUAUGUGGAGGCGUUGAUGUACCUGGUGUACUCGUAUCAGUACAACAAAGAGCUGCUGUCCAAAGGGCCGUACCGAGGGCAUGACGAAGAGCUCAUAGGCCAUUAUCGCAGAGAGUGCCUGCUGAAACUGAACGAGCGCGCGGCGGCCAUGUUCGAGAGCGGCGAGGAGCUGGAGGUGAACAAUGGACUGAGCAUCAUGAACGAGCUGGUGGUGCCGUGCAUCCCUCUGCUGCUGCUCGACGAGAUGGAGAAGGACAUGGUGGCAGUAGAGGACAUGAGGAACCGCUGGUGCUCAUACCUGGGCCAGGAGAUGGAGCCUAACCUUCAGGAGAAACUGACCGAUUUCCUCCCCAAAUUGCUCGACUGCUCCGCAGAGAUCAGGAGCUUCUCCGAGCCGCCCAAGCUUCCGUCGUACUCCACCCUGGAGAUGUGCGAGCGCUUCGGACGCAUCAUGGCGUCCCUCACGGUCAGCCGAACGCCCGCCGACGGAAGAUGAGCCCUUCACGGACUUCUCUUAACCCCCCAAAGCCUUCCUCCAAAGCAGGGCUGCUUCAGCUGUUACUUCUCUUUUGUUCUCAUAUUAUAUCAUCUUUAUCCGUAUCAUUAUCACUAGCAUUUGGAGUUUUCGCUCAUCUGUUAAAGCUACUAUGGCACAGAGAAGAAGGAAAAUGAGCGUUAACACAGUGGGAUUACAAACUUCACAGCUUAGAAUUUACUACAGCAUGCUGCUCUGGCUUUAUCAAGCGAGGUUGAAAAUGUAUUUGGUUAUUUUAUUGUUGUUUUUAUUAACAAUUUUUUUUUUUUUGAGUCAGCUGUUUUUUGGAGUAAAAAGGAAAGACAUGCUGCUCAGCCACUCCUUUAUUACAGAAUUUCCGCACUCGUUUUGUUUUUCUAAUUAAUGGGACUGAACGUGAAGACCAGGAGAGUCGGAGAUGGCUCGAGAUGUAUAGAGAAGUGUGUAUAGGUCUUUGACCUGAGGACUGCAACUCUCAAAGUUUUAAGCGCUGUGCUAGGCAGCCGUGGGCACGCCCCACAGCUUGUUAAUAAAUUGAGAGAAUAAAGUUUUAUUUAUGGCGCUUUUAGGCCAGAUAUCUGUUUUGCUCAAUUAAAGCUUGUUAUUUUGAAUUAA